UCAAUAUUGAAUCGAUAACUGAGGCAAUAUAUUUCAAACAUAAUCCACUCGGUUUCAUGUUCUUGCAUUUUCGAAUUUUCCUUUUCCAAACAAGCCAGCCAUAAAAGUAAGGCUCACACACCAUGAACUACACAAGCCAACAGCAAACACGCACGCAUGCAGCUGUCCCGCCUGAACCAGCACACCUUCCUCUCCCUCCUCAAAGCUGCCGCCGCCGCCGCCGCCUCUGCCUCCGUCUCCUCUCGCCGCCUCCCCAGCCUCCACGCCGUCUACAUCAAGCUCGGAUUCCUCGCCCACACGCGCGUCACCAAUGGCUUCAUCCAGGGUUACUGCGCCACGAGGCGAGUCACCGACGCGCGCAGGGUGUUCGACGAAAUGCCGCGCCAGGACACCGUCUCCUUCAACUCCAUGAUCCACGGCUACGCGGUGUCGGGCGACGUUGCGUCGGCGUGCCGGCUCUUUGAGCAGGUCCCGGCGCCGACGCCCGUCACGUGGACGUCGAUGGUCGCCGGGCUCUGCCGCGCCGGGGAUGUCGGGUCGGCGAGGCGCGUCUUCGAGAAGAUGCCGGAGAGGGACCUGGUCUCGUGGAACGCCAUGAUCUCUGGGCACGUCGGGAACAGGCAGCCCGUCGAGGCCCUCUGUCUCUUCGGGCGGAUGAUGGAGGAAGGGUUCACGCCCAACCGCGGGACGGUUGUCAGCGCGCUGUCAGCCUGCGCGAGCGCCGGUGCGUUGGAGACGGGGAAGUGGGUCCAUGUGUUCGUAGAGAAGAACAGGCUCCGGUGGGAUGAGUUCCUGGGGACGGCGCUUGUUGACAUGUAUGCCAAGUGUGGCGCUGUGGAGCUUGCGCUGGAGGUGUUCACCGGCCUGAGGGCAAGGAACACGUGUACCUGGAAUGCCAUGAUCAAUGGCUUGGCCAUGAAUGGCUACUCAGCGAUGGCGUUGGACAUGUUUCGCCAAAUGGAGCUUGAUGGGAGAGUGGUACCGGAUGAAGUGACCUUUGUAGGAGUCCUCUUGGCAUGCAGCCAUGGUGGAUCUGUGGAUGCAGGUAGGGAGCAUUUCAACAUGAUCUCCAAUAAGUAUGGCAUAGGGUUAAUCCUUGAGCAUUAUGCGUGCAUGGUUGAUCUCCUUGCCCGGUCUGGUCAUCUACAAGAGGCACACAAGCUCAUUACAGAGAUGCCAAUGAAGCCAGAUGUUGUCAUCUGGAGGGCAUUGCUUGGUGGAUGCCGGCUCCACAAGAAUGUCAAGAUGGCCGAAAUUGUCAUAACUGAAAUGGAAGCGACCUGCAGUGGAGACCAUGUGCUCCUGUCCAAUCUGUAUGCUGCAGUAGGGAGAUGGAAUGGCGUUGAAGAUGUUCGGAGGACCAUGAGAAGCAAGGGGAUCGAGAAGAUUCCUGGCUGCAGCUCGGUUGAGAUGGAUGGUUCCAUCCAUGAAUUCAUUUCAGGUGACAAGUCACAUCCAUCAUAUGAUGACAUUCAUGCAAAACUGAUUGAGAUUGGUGGAAGGAUGCAACAGCAAGGUCAUGUCACAGAGACCACUGAGGUGUUCUAUGACAUUGAAGAUGAAGAGAAAGAGCAGGCGCUUGGACAUCACAGUGAGAAGCUUGCAAUAGCGUUUGGGCUCAUUGGAGGACCUCCAGAUGCUACAAUCAGAAUUGUCAAAAAUAUUCGCUUUUGUAUGGAUUGCCACAAGUUUGCUAAGCUAGUGUCCAAGAUUUAUCAACGGGAAAUUGUGGUUCGUGAUAGAGCCAGGUUCCAUCAUUUUAGAGGGGGAACUUGUUCUUGCAAUGAUUUUUGGUAGAAGAGAAUCAGUUAAACUCUAGCAUAGUGGCAGUGGUAUACAGUAUGUCUUUCUCAGUGUGAGUUUCUGCUUUGCUAAUUCCUGUUUACUCUUUAGUAGGAUAUGAUCAUGCACAGUUGUGUGAGUCAACGUGUGUAGUCUGGGGAUAAGUUCAAAAUUCUUGAUAACGGACCUGAAUAAGUCGAGAAACAUCAUGAACUCCAAACGAACUAAUGAAAGCGUUCAUUUGUUCA